GCCACGUUAUGGAAAUGUGUUGGUGUGUACCUCGAGUCGUUGCUGUGGUGGUGUUGAUGGUGUUACUACGUCAUGGAGGCGGCUGCCAGGUGCUUCAUGACACACAACAACCUUCCAGCCAUCCCGCUGGAAGGUUUAACAAGACUGUUCCAGCUACUGUGUCAAGCGCCAAUAUUCAUGAUGAGAACGCUUGGACUUCUCGGAUCAGUACACGAAUAUCUGCCAUUAAGCAUAAUUAUUUACCAGAGUAUAAACCAGGACAAGAGGAUAAUAAUAAGAAUUCUAAGGCUGUUCCAGCCUCUGACCCACGUCUCAGUUUCCAAAGUUUGCAGUCAGAUAACACCGAGAAUUCACGAAUAAAUACGCAAAUAUCUACCACUGAAGCUAAAGAUUCGUCAUCACCUGAGUAUCAAAUAAAUCAAAAUGCGAAUGAUGAAAUUAGAAGCAAAGAUGCAAGAUUUCCAGAGGUGCGUGACUUUGUGGAUAAGAUAUUAGAUGCUAGAGAGACUGAACCUGAACACACGAAACUCUCCGGUAAAAAUAUGAUCAGUCACGAAAAUCCACCUGAAAUGUCUAAUACAGGAGACGAGUGUAACGAAAUUUGUUGUAUCAUAAACAGUAUCAUCAUCAGCGCCAAUAUUCAUCUCUCUCUGUUUAAUGACUACAAAGAGGAUUUUGCUAUGGCUAAGUUCUCCCAGAGUUGGGAUGAGAUAUCCUCGUUCAUCUCAGAUAACUACAGCAUCCCUCCGGCUAUCCCUCCCAUGCCGGAGAUAAUAGACGUGAGGCAGCAGAUGGUACAGGUGUAUGGCCAGCUGCAGCAGCACCUGCUGGGCUUCGAGAAUGCCACCCUUGACCAGUUAGACUUCACAAGACCCAGCGAAGCCUCUCGCAUGAAGACAACAACAAUCACAAGUCCUAACUUCCUUCAGAACCUGACUGAUACAAUCAACAACAUUAACCAACUGCUCAUCUACGUGAGGAACGGUAUGGACAAGCUCGAUGUGGUUCCUGAAGAGAGCCUCACUCAGGAGCUCACCCGGGAGGUGUAUCAGACGUCAGACAGCAUCAGGAAAGAUGUGAUAGACUUCAUCAUCCUCAGAAAUUACGAGAGAGGACUGAGGUACAUCAUCGAUGUCUUCACGGCAGCACACUCCAACAACUGCGCGAGUACGUCCUCUUAGAUCCAUGGGAUGAAUCACGUACAUCACUGAUUGAGUGCACGUGUUGAUGAAUUAGACACGUACAACACCUGGGUGUUUUUAUUUUGAAGAUAUUUCAACAUCAAGAGACUUCUUUUUACGGUUCAACGAGGAACAUAUUAACCUGAGACAGUAAAAAAUGAGGUAAUCAGUCCCUCAGCCCUGAAGACUGAGGGACUGAUUACCUCCUCAAUUACCUUAGGGACUGAUUACCUCCUAGUGAAGUGAAAAAAGAACACUGGUUGGCUAAGUCUUCAAAAUCAAGAUACCCAAGUGUUACACAUAUAUCUAAUGGGUCAAUCUGUCGGUAUUAAGUGCCAUUGAUAUUAUGAUAAGUGUACAGGUGGCUGAGGAAGGCCACAGAGAUAUCUGCAGACUCACUGCAUCAACCACAAGCGUAAGAUGCCUAUUGGUGCACUCUGCCAUUUUAAAGUUUUAUAUGGAGAAAACAGGAAAACCCGUAUGAGUUACACAUUGCCUGGAAAAUGAGAAGUAAUCAAAAUCAGGUUUGAUUCGAGAAAAGGGAGGAAAAGUAGUUCCAAUUCCUUGAGUCAAGAGGUCUUCACAAGCAUUAAAACAGUUACGUGGCCAUAGUCCAGUGAGUUACAACACCUACACAAAAGGCAGCACAAUGGCGUCGUAGAUAAACAAACCUUCUAGCCUACUCCACGACUCUGUCACCGUCAUAACUUAUGUUACACUAAUAUAUUUUGAAGAGGUAAUUUAUUCGUGUGUAUUAAAUAUUGUAUUAAGUAAACUGGAUUAAAUGAA